AUGGCUCAGGGAAGAGGCAGUGCAAGCGCGGGGCGAGCCAUCGGCGCCACGGCGUUCGCCGUUGCCUGCUGCUGCUGCGUCGUCAUCGCCGACGCAGCCACCACCUACUACGUCGGGGACAGCAACGGCUGGUCCUUCAGCAGCCCCAGCUGGCCCAACGGCAAGCACUUCCGCGCCGGAGACACUCUCGUGUUCAGGUACAUCCCCUGGAUCCACAACGUGGUGGCCGUGGACGAGGACGGGUACAACGGCUGCACGACGCCGCCAGGGUCGCGGACCUACACGUCCGGCGCCGACAGCAUCACGCUCACCAGGGGGGACAACUUCUUCAUCUGCACCCGGUUCGGCCACUGCAACCUCGGCAUGAAGCUCGUCGUCUCUGCCGCGUGA